AUGGCCUCCGCGGGCUGCAGCAGCAGCAGCCCGGAGCUCUUAGGCGCUGGGGAAGCGGAGCGGCCGCACCCGAGGCCUUUCUUGAUCGGGGUGAGCGGAGGCACCGCCAGCGGCAAGUCGACAGUAUGUGAGAAGAUCAUGGAACUCCUGGGUCAAAAUGAGGUGGAUCAUCGCCAGAGGAAAGUGGUCAUCCUAAGCCAGGAUCGCUUCUAUAAGGUGCUCACAGCUGAGCAGAAGGCCAAAGCCCUGAAGGGGCAGUACAACUUCGACCACCCAGACGCUUUUGACAACGAGUUGAUGCAUACUACCUUGAAGAACAUUGUGGAUGGCCAGACAGUCGAGGUCCCAACCUAUGAUUUUGUGACUCAUUCCAGGUUGCCUGAGACGACCAUGGUCUAUCCUGCAGAUGUGGUCCUCUUCGAGGGGAUUUUGGUGUUCUAUAAUCAAGACAUCCGGGACAUGUUUCACCUCCGCCUCUUUGUCGACACCGACUCAGAUGUGAGACUCUCCCGGAGAGUUCUUCGGGAUAUGAAACGGGGACGGGACCUGGAGCAGAUUCUGACCCAGUACACAACUUUUGUCAAGCCAGCCUUUGAAGAGUUCUGCUUGCCGACCAAGAAAUAUGCUGAUGUGAUUAUCCCUCGAGGAGUAGAUAACAUGGUCGCCAUCAAUCUCAUAGUGCAACACAUCCAAGACAUCCUGAACGGAGACAUCUGCAAGUGGCACCGGGGAGCCCCCAACGGCCACGGCCGCUCCUCCAAGAGGCCUUUCCCGGAACAAGUUGACAGCAGCCCUGUCCUGGCACCUGGAAAGCGGUCUCACCUGGAGUCCAGCAGCCGUCCCCACUAA